AUGGCAAUAUCUUCCUUCCUCUUCAAACUGAUAUUGCUGUUUCUCACCAUUCAUGAUUUGUUUAUGCAAAGUCAUGGCCUAAAUUUUGGAAUAAACUAUGGACAAAUAGCAAACAAUUUACCCUCUCAUUCACGUGUAGCAGCACUUUUAAAAUCAUUGAAUGUCACAAGAAUAAAACUCUACGAUGCUGAUCCAAAUGUUCUAUCAACAUUCUCAAAUACAAAUGUUGAAUUCAUGAUAGCAAUUGGAAAUGACAAUCUUCAAAACAUGAGAGACCCUAUGAAAGCAGAAACAUGGAUUCAACAAAAUGUUCAACCUUACAUUUCCAAAACCAAAAUCACAGCAAUUAACGUAGGAAACGAGGUACUAGGUAACAAUGAUCUCAACAGUUACAUAAACCUUCUUCCAGCAAUGCAAUCAGUGUAUAAUGCACUUGUUAAUCUUGGUUUAUCUCAACAAGUUACUGUCACAACUUCGCAUUCAUAUGUCAUUUUGUCGAAUUCAUUUCCACCUUCAUCCGGUGCUUUUAAAGAGGAUUUAGUUCAAUAUAUUCAACCACUUCUUAGCUUCCACGCGCAAACGAAAUCUCCUUUUUUGAUCAAUGCUUAUCCUUUUUUCGCAUACAAAGGUGAUCCAGAACAUGUUUCAUUAAACUAUGUCUUGUUUCAACCAAAUCCUGGUUCUGUUGAUCCUGUUACAAGUCUUCGUUAUGAUAACAUGUUAUAUGCUCAAAUUGAUGCGGUUUACGCGGCUAUAAAGGCGUUGGGCCAUACCGAUAUCGAGGUUAAGAUUUCUGAGACGGGUUGGCCUUCUAAAGGUGAUGCUGACGAGGUUGGUGCUUCACUGCAGAAUGCUGAAAUUUAUCAUACAAAUUUGUUCAAGAGGAUUGAGAUGAGACAAGGAACUCCUGCAAAGUCUUCUGUUCCUGUUGAUAUUUAUGUUUUUGCACUUUUUAAUGAAGAUUUGAAACCUGGUCCUUCUUCUGAGAAAAACUAUGGUCUUUAUUAUCCCGAUGGUACUCCGGUUUAUAACAUCGGUUUGCAACAAACUCAAGGCGGCUAUUUUCCAGAAAUGGUUAUUGAAUCCAAUUCCAAUAUUUUGUCCAACAAUUUUGUCUUCUACAUACUUGCAUUAUUAUUGGUGUUUGUUUUGGAGCUUAGAAGAUUUUGA